CUGCAGGACAGACAGAUGAAGGAUGGAGACGUGUCUUUGAUUCUGAAGGAUGUGACGAUUAAUGAUGCUGGAACAUACGAGUGUCGUGUCUUCACGAGAGGAACAAACAUGAAAGCUAACCUGGUGAUCGUCACACUGAGUGUUGUUGUUCCUCCAGACCAGAAAAUCAUCACAGCUAAGCCUGGACAGAAGAGCGUCACUCUUCCAUGUCGAGCUCCAAACAACAGCAGCAGCAUCUCAGUUGUAGAGUGGAGCAGAACUGACCUGCAAGAUGAAUACGUCCUUUUGUAUCGGGAUGACCUGUUUGAUCCAACCAACCAGGAUCCAUCUUUUAAGAACCGGGUGGAUCUGCAGGACAGACAGAUGAAGGAUGGAGACGUGUCUUUGAUUUUAAAGGAUGUGACGAUUAAUGAUAAUGGGACAUAUGUGUGUCAGGUCUUCAUGGGAGGAACAAACGUGAGGAAGAGAGCAAAUCCGAAGACUGAUCCCAUCAGCAUCAUCGACCUCAGAGUCGUUCCUCCAGGAGGACCUGUUGGACUGAUCGUCGGUCUGAGUGUUACUGCUGUUGCUGCUGUUGCUGCUGUUGUUGGUUUUCUGGUCUACAGAAAAUGUAAACAACAGAACCGAGAUUUUAACUAACAUCCUGAUGAACAUCAGCAAGUUUGAAAUGUCCCAGAGCUUCUUACAUGGUGAAGCUGGGUAAGAGAAGCCUACAUUACUAAGGCAAAAACACAGGACUGACUGACUGACUGAAGAAACAUAAACACCAGAGUCCAAGUGAAAAACCAGAAGUUUGCUUCAUUCCAAAAAUUCCACGGAAGAUACAACAUUUAAAUAAAACGUUAUAUCUUCUGUCCUUUCUGCAAGUAAGAAGGAAUAAAAAAGAUAAUGAAACAAUUAUUAAAAAUUGCGGGUUAAAAUAAAUAAUGUUCUCCAGCACCUUUGGGAUGAAAUUAGACCCAAAAUGAUCCAGGAAGGAUCAAAGACAUUUUUUUAACAUCAGGCUUAGAGAAGAUACUGAAUAAUGUUGGAAGAAGUGUUGAAUCCUUCACCAUAACUGUAUUUUUAUGUUUGUUUGUUUGUUUGUUUUGGUUUUUUACAUCUAUUGUAAUGUAAUGCAACACUGAACAUUUUUUGCUUAUGAUGUAUUGGAGAAUUGUAAAUUGCUAUUGAUAUGAUUAUUAUUAUUGUUAUUAUCGCAGCUGGAUCUAGUGUAGGAGCUAGUAGCUAGUCUGGAGCUAGUCUAUUGGUAAGACUACACACCUUUGGAGCAGGAGUCCCACCCUGUAUCCAAUAAGGGUCCUGGCUAGACCCCCCCAUGCUAAAACAAUGGCACAGCUAUGUCAGCAGCCAAUCCGCAGCUCGGACACAAGCAUUUUACUACAUGUUGUACUGUGUAUGUGACAAAUAGAGUUUGAAUUUACAUUUGAUUGUAUGUUUGGUCUCAGGCAGCUAAAUGAGUUUGAAGGGAAAAAUGAAUAUCUGUUAACAUGUUAUACUCUUUACAUUUCUGUGGGACAGACAUGAGUUUCCAUUUUCAAAACAAAAUUAAGACAUCUUCAGAUAAGUACAAAUAUAUUUCAUUGUUUUCCUUAACAACAUAUUCUAUUUCUCAUUGAACUUGUUUGAAGCUAAAUUUCAUUUCAAUUGACAUCAGGAAUUUACUUUAUUAAUGGUUUGUUUCCCCGCAGUAUUCAUGAGUUCAGUGCCCAGUAUGUUACAGGUUCAACCUCUGUUUGUAAAGUCAGACUUCUUCUGUGAGGUUUGACUGAUCCUCAUGUGCAGAUCAGCUGUUACAUAAUUACAGACACUAACUGAUCAAUAAUCAGUCUGAUGGCAACUAUAACUGAAUGAAUGUUCUGACAGUGUCAUGAAACCAAAGAUGAAAUGAUUUCUGUAAGUCAGAUGUUUCCUCUGAUCUCUGAAGAUUUAUUGAACUUUUAAUCCCAUGAACACUCGUGUUGUUUGUUCUGUGGUUGUUACUUCAGUGGAAAUAUUCCAAGAGCUAAUACAUUUUUUAUAUAAAAUAGUACUGUAUAGUUGUUUUGACUCCAUUCAUGUGUUUUCUGUGGCUGUAAAAGUUUUUUUUGAUAUCUCUUUUAUCUCUGUGUUGACAUAAUUGAUGCAGAUUUUAUCUUAGUCGGUCCAAAUAGAUCAUAAAAACAAGAA